AUGGCUACGCAAACAAAUGCAAUGCGAGUUGUCAUUGUUGGCGCAGGUGCAGCCGGCCUGGUCACUUUGAAGACUCUUCUUGAAUACAUGAGACCUGCGUGCGCCCAGAAAGUGGAAGUAGUCCUAUUUGAGUCGUAUGUGCCCAAAACACUCUCUGCCUCUUCCCAACAACAAGAAACGAAAGUACAGGAGAGUAUACCAACUGACCACAACGGCAGCCAGCCAGAAAUCGGCGGCACUUUCCGCUAUCGUGUGUGGGAAAAUUCGGAACAUGUCAGCUCUCGCCAGCUGACACUCUUCUCGGACUACAGACUCCCGCCGGGAGCCCCAUACCAUCUUCCCAUCACGCAGUAUGUCCAGUAUCUACAGGACUACUGCUCCGAGUUUGGCUUAUGGCCGUACAUACAUCUUUCUACCGUGGUGACCCGCGUCAGCCGGAUUCAAGAUGACAAAGGCCCUUGGCGGCACCGCGUCGAGUAUCGUGCAACCGCAGGAGGCGAUGCCGACACAGUCAACGUGCUCGAGUGUUCGCACCUGGCCGUAUGCUCUGGGUUGCACGUGGAACCCAACAUUCCCUAUAUACCUGGUAUCGAGCACGUUCCCGAGUUCAUCCACUCGUCCCAGUACAAGGCAAGGGCCCAGGUGAAAGGCAAGCAUGUGCUGGUUCUCGGAUGCCAGGAGACAGCCCACGACAUCAGCUACGAGUCCCUCAAGGCCGGCGCCAAGUCAGUCACAAUGGCUUUCCGUGAUGGCUUCCUCUACUUCCCCAAGAUCCUGAACCGCCUGUACAUCUUCGGCAUCAAGAUCGACUGGGAGCUGCCAAUCGACAGUUUCAACUCAAACCUUUUCGAGACAGCCUAUGUGCACCCUAAGCUGGAGGCUUCAAGAGCUAGGUGGUUCCUCGCCGAAUGGGUCUUGCGUCCUGUCGAGUGGCUUCUCACUGGUUCGACUGGGGAAGGGGCUGGGAUAGAUCAACAUAUCGGAUUGGUAGCUCCUGAGCAGCAGAAUCGGGCUAGUACAAUUCACUGCAAGACUCCUCGAGCAAUGGCGUAUAUGAACCGACCAUGGAAGAAGCCCAAAACCAUCCGGGAAAAGCUGGGAAGCAUCUUUGCAGACCGUCUUGAAGAUGCCCAGUCCUUAGAGGUCAUCAACACGGCUACCUGGCCGCGUCGAAUCACUCCUGACGGCAUAGUAGAGUUUACCCCAGACGCACAACGACCUGACUACGCCCGCAUCAAGAGCAUUGGGCCUAUUAAGCCUGAUAUCGUCAUCGCGGGCACAGGCUACAAUCAUUCCUUCCCCUUUCUGACACCCGGCCAGUACCCGGCUGCUUGGGACGCCACAGUGCGUGACAUCGUGGCUCCAGGCCAUCCGGACGUCGGCUUCAUCGGCUUUGUCCGCCCUGGCGUGGGCGCCAUCCCGCCAAUGGCGGAGAUGCAGGCCUUUUGGUGGACGGCGCUCAUCUCGCGCCGGAUGCAACUGCCAACCACUCCGGGGCACUACCAUCUGCAGCACCCGCAUGGCGCGAGGGUCCGCUACGGCGUUGACCACAUCACCUAUGUCGCCACCCUUGCGAGGGACUUUGGCGGCGUCCCAGACCUCUGGACGCUGUGGUGGAAGUACGACACCAGGGUUCUGCUGUGCUACUGCCUUGGCACCGCGUACAACAGCUUCUACAGGCUCGUGGGCCCGUUCGAGAGUCAGAGGGCUGCGGAUGUCGUGCGGAGUGAGCUGUGGCAGAUGGUAGUCAGUAGGGGUUGGGUUUACACGGUCUUCUUUAGCCUCAUCCCCAUGGCGUUCUGGGGAUUGGUCAACGCGCUGUGUUGCCUUCUGGAGUGGGUUAAUCUGCUGCCAAACAUGAGGUCGAUGGAAGAAACCAUGGCCGAUGUGAAUAACAGGCUAGGAGAGAGAAAAUGUCGAAGGUGA